CCUUAGUAAAAUGUUUGGAGAUUAAAAUAGAAAAUUUAAAUUGUGGUUUUAUGUUUUUGGGUGCAACUCUCCAACCAAAUACAUUUUAUUUCUCCACCACCGAUGGAGAAAAAAACUAUAUUUAUAAACAAAAAUAUGAGGAAACCAAAUCAGAACUAUUAUAUUUCGGUGUCGUAGAUACCAAUACAAAAGAACCAUUAUUAAUAGAGACUCAAUACAAUAACAAUAUGUUUGCAAUAAAAGGUUUUUUAAAUGAUUCUUUUUCAAGUUACAAUUUGGAUUUAUAUAAUUACUUUCCAAGACAAAAUGGUGAAGAACAUGGUUUAGUAAAACAAAAAACCACUGGGUGUAUAAACUACUCAAAUUCCUCGAUGGUUGUUGGCCUCUCUGGACCAUUAUCAAACAAAUAUAAGAACUAUACAAUUUCGAUUAAUUGGUUUAACAGCUUCCCAGGAUUCAAAGAAAUCAUUACCGAUAUUCAAUAUAUCGAUGACAAUGUCAAUGAACUCUCAAACAAUAUCUUCUCUCUACUCGAUAAAACAAAUCUUAAUCACUAUUUAAUCGUAAGAGGUAACAACACCUACUAUUUGACCAAUACCAAUCUCUCCUCAUUUAAAUUCAAGACCUACAAACUUGCUACCGAUGGAAAUUUAAUUACAUCAAUUAUUAGUGUCAGAGAUUCCAAAGUUUAUGUUAGUUUAAACUAUAAAGAAGAGAUGUCAUAUAUUUACGAAUAUAAUUUAAAUAGCAACCAAUCAAAUCAAAAUGUAGACCCAUCUGCAACUAUUGAUCAAAUAUAUCCAACUAAUAAAGCAGAAAUAGAUUAUGUUCUCCUAGAAGGUCAUUCCGAAAAUACAAACUAUGGUAUACUCCACACAAGAAAUAAGUUUUAUUUUGUAAAUGCCGAAAAUGGUGAAAUCACAUCCCAAGAUGUUUUUUUAGAUAUCCCAUCAAACCACAAAAUUAAAGACAUCUAUAUUAGAAACGACAGAGAAUUUAAUCCAAUUGCAAGUGAAAAGAGAAAAAACAAUGGAUAUGGCUACAACUACGAUAGCUAUAAUGACGAUAAUGACUACAACAUUGGCUACAAUAAUGGCUACAACAACAACAAAAACAAUAAUAAAGAUGGAAAGUUAAUAAUUAUGGCAACAGUAAUUCCAUCAGGUAUUAUCGCAUUAACAUUAAUUGGGGCAAUUGUUUAUAUAGUUAUACUUAGAAAGAGAAUAAAUAAUGAAAAUUUAAAAAUAGAAAAAUGUUAAAAAGUUAAUUUAUUAAAAUUCCUUUAAAAUUAGAAAAAAAAAAUAAAAGAAAAUAGUUUUAUUAAUUUUAAAU